CUUCAGAAAGCUCUCACAGAGGGUUUGGAGGUUGGUGAGGGGAAUUGUCUGGAAGGGCAAAGUGGAGAAGCUGGGUCUGGACGAGCUCUUCUGCGAUGUGAGCUUGGAGGUGCUGCACAAGGAAAUACUGCUCCUGGUGGAAUCGACGCUGAUCACCCGCUCCGAUUGCUCAUAUCCCGUCACACGUCUUCCAGGUCACUGAGAUGGUCUCCUUCAACAUGCAGCAGCAGAGUGCUGCAAGCUCGGCUCCAGUCUCACCUUUCUUCCGCUUGGACAAGGAUGAUCCAACAAUAGGCAUCGCGUACGAUCCGACCCUCCCUCCUGGCCAUGUUCUGCCCAUUCUGACCUCCUCAGAGGUAAGCGAAGAAGUUGCCAUCGCUCGCCGGCGGCUGCUUUUGGCUUCGCACCUAGCUUCCCAUCUAAGAAGCUGCAUACUCCACGAAAUAGGGCUGACUGCUUCAGCGGGGAUCGCUAGCAAUAAGUUGCUAGCCAAGCUGAUGUGUGCAAAGCACAAGCCAGCAGAGCAGACUGUCUUUCUGCCUGCCAAUCAAACAGAGGUUCAGCAGUACCUUGACACCUACGAGGUACGCGCCCUCAAUGGCUUUGGGGGAGCCAUCGUCAAUAAGCUGCGAGGCUGUCUAGGUGGUGAGCAGCUCGGCCACAGCGGCACCGAGUGGAUCAAUGGUGGGCUUGGGCUUGACCCACAGACCGCUCUAGUCGAAGCGAGGGAUCGAGAUCCCCCCGUGCCCCUGACUGUCUCCCUCUCUCGGAAAGCAUUCACAGCUCAAAGCCUCGUCGAAUUGUUUGGGCAGAGGCUGGGACCAAGGCUUUGGGGUCUGCUACACGGCAUCGACCACGACGAGGUGAUACCCGCUCCGUUAUACCCACAUCAGAUCAGCAUCGAAGACACUUUCCGUGGCCUUAGAGGUCAAGCUCAGCACGAGCAGCUCCACGUAUUAUCAAGUAGCCUGCUGCGUCGACUAGAAGUGGAGCUGGUCGAAGACGAGGGAGACCUCAGCCAGCCUCUCACGCUCAGGAAUGAGCCUGUGACAUUGCCGUCGGAAGAAGGUCGAGAGCAGCCUCUGGACCUUAAGGGCAUGUGCGUCCGCUCCUACGUCGAGGAGGACUCCUUGUCGCAAGAAGUGGCGUCCCGGAGAACCUGGCGGCGCUACCCUCUGAGCGUGAGGCUGAGCAUCCGCCAAGGGUGGGAGAAUCGCACGUCCAAGCAGACAAGGAUGCCCGUCGAGGUAUUUGAUCUGUCCCUCUCCCGCUCGCAGCGCGCCACGGCUCUUGCGGCGACCUUGGAAGGCCUACGGCGAUCCAUGAUUGCUACUCACGGCGAUCGGGGUGAAGGGAUCAACCUGAUCAACAUCGCAGCGCUGGACCUGGUGAAGCAGAAGCCUGCAGCUUCCAUAGGGGCCCUGUUCGCGAAUGGCAAUGGCAAGGGAAAGGGCAAGGAAGUAGUGAUUGACGAGGAGUUUCUGAGGUCCCUGCCACCCGAGAUCAGGAAGGAAGUCAUGGAUCAGUACGGACACGUCCCGACUGACAUCACCGCUGCAAGUGCCGAUGAAAAGUAUUCAGGAGUGGGCGAUGUUAUCGAGCCCAACGACGAAGACGUCCACAACGGCGGGGAAGAAGAAGAGGAAUUGAUCUGCGACAAGUGCGGAGCAGUGCAAGAAGCCUGGCUACAGCACGACCAUCUCAUCUGGCCCGUCUUUGGACUUCCCCCAUGCUUUGCCCAACUCAUGGACAAGAACCUAUGGUCGGGAAGCACAUGGGCCGAUGAUCAGCGGGAGAGGGAGAAGGCGAGUGUACUGCCACCGAGUCAGGAGAGGCAUUGAAGCAGCCAAAGGAGCGAGCGGCAGC